AUUUUCUAGUUAUUAUUUUAAAGAAAACAUAUAUCUAUGUAAUUUUAAAAUCCACAUUUUCAAAAUUCAACGAAUUGUCUUUAGGAUAGUUUAGUGAAAUGGGGAAAGAAUAGUAGAGUAGCAUUGAAAUAAUUGUUUUGGUCAAUGAAUCCUAAUAUUGUCCAAAACCAAGUAUAAUUAAAAGGAAACAAUUCAUAAAUAGCUUCAGAACUCUCUCUUACUCCUUUCACGUUUACAAUCGGAGCCACCAACAACAUAUCGGAUAAACAGCGAUUGCGAAAAUGGCGAGGGGAAAGAUCCAGAUCAAGAAGAUAGAAAACUCAACCAACAGGCAAGUCACGUAUUCCAAGAGGAGGAAUGGAUUGUUCAAGAAGGCGAGUGAACUCACUGUGUUGUGUGAUGCUAAAGUCUCCAUUAUCAUGGUGUCUUGUACCGAUAAGCUUCAUGAGUACAUAAGUCCUUCCAUCACGACGAAGCAGUUCUUCGAUCAGUAUCAGAAAGCAGCUGGAAUUGACCUUUGGAACUCCCAUUAUGAGAAAAUGCAAGAAGAACUGAGACAGCUGAAAGAGGUGAACAAAAAUCUAAGAAGGCAAAUUAGGCAAAGGUUGGGUGAUUGUUUGGAACAUUUAGGAUUUGAAGAGUUGCUUGAUCUUGAAAAGGAGUCUCAGGAAGCUGUUUACAUCAUUCGCGAACGCAAGCUGAAGGUGAUUGGUAAUAAGUUGGAGACUUCUAAGAAAAAGGUGAGGAGUGCUCAAGACGUCUACAAAAAACUAAUGCAUGAAUUCGGAAUAAGAGGGGAAGAUCCACAAUACGGGAUGAUAGAAGAUGGAGAGUAUGAAGCAAUGUACGGAUACCCGCCACAAAUGACUGCACCACAUAUCUUGACUCUGCGGUUGCAACCUAACCAUCCGAAUAAUCUCCAUGCCACGACAUCCGACCUCACCACGUAUGCCUUGCUUGGCUAGCUAGUUAGUAUGUAGCAAAUUAAUCUUUCUCUUAUUAUCAAGGGUAUUUGUGACACUCAUUAGCCAUACCCUUUGCUUAUUUAUGUUUUAUGGUUUUUAUAUGUGAAAUAUGUUGUGAUUGAUCAAGUUAAAUGUUAUUUUUACUAUGUUUUUUUGUUGUGGGAAAGACCACAACUCAUGUUGAUUUUAUUAAAUCGAGUUAUGAGACUACAUUUGGUAAUGACAAAUCAAAAAUAAAGUUUACCAGGAGAUGGACCAAUAAUAUGCAAACGUAUCAAAAUUAGUUGGUUAAUUUGUAAAUGGGUUGUUGUGUUCCAAACAAAAAAAAAAUGUAUAGUUAUUUGUAUGUAUGCAAAUUGGUUGGGUCGAUUCGAG